AUGUCGAAUCAUGGACCUGACGAGGCCAUCGCCAUCGUUGGCAUUGCUUGCAAGCUUCCACAAGAAGCCUCGACCGUCGAACGCUUUUGGCAAUUCCUCCUGCAAGGACGAAGCGCACAUUCACCAUGGCCAGAUGAUCGCUUCGGAGCCGGCCACUAUCAUCCCGACAAUGAGCGAGUCGGAACACACUCGGUCAAAGGGGCGCAUUUCUUGGCCGAGCCGCCCGAAUAUUUCGAUGCACCCUUUUUCGGCAUCACCAAAGGCGAAGCCAUUUGCAUGGACCCUCAGCAACGUCUGGUGUUGGAGAACGUCUACCAUGCUCUAGAGAAUGCAGGAAUCCCACUCUCCGAAGCCAAUGGAUCCAACACGUCCGUGUAUGUGUCGGGCUUCAAUCACGACUAUCUCUCCAUCAUAAAUGCGGAUGCGGAGAGCCCUUUGCGAUAUCGUGCAACCGGAUUGACCAACUCCGUCCUCAGCAACCGAGUCUCUUGGUUUUUCGAUUUCAAAGGUCCAAGCAUGACCAUCGAUACUGCCUGUAGCAGCUCCGUAGUGACACUUCAUCAGGCGUGCCAGAGUCUACGUAGUGGCGAGAGCGACAUGGCCAUAUCCAGCGGGGUCACGGUCUUGGCUUACCCCAACGAUGUGGCCUCCAUGUCUUAUCAAGGAUUCCUAUCGCAAGACGGCCGGUGCUUUAGCUUCGAUCACCGUGCCAAUGGCUAUGCUCGUGGCGAGGGAGUCGGGACGAUCAUUUUAAAGCGUUUCAGUGAUGCCAUUCGAGAUGGCAACUCUAUAAGAGCCGUCAUUCGGGGCACUGGUGUGAAUCAGGACGGCCGAACUCCUGGAUUGACCAACCCGGAUAGUCUGGCGCAGGAAAGGCUGAUCAGGACGGUCUAUGCAAGGGCAGGCUUGAGUGUCAACAAUACGGCCAUGGUCGAGGCUCACGGGACUGGUACCGCGGCGGGUGACCCGAUCGAAGCCAAUGGAAUUGCGAGAGCCUUCUCAGCUCGGCCAAGGAAUCUCCCUCCGCUGUACAUUGGGGCUUGUAAGUCCGGCAUUGGUCAUUUGGAGGGCGCGGCAGGCGCUGCAGCCAUCAUCAAGUCUGUUCUUAUCCUUGAGAAUGGGAUCAUCCCCCCAAACGUCAAUUUCGAAAAAGUCAAUCCGAAGAUCCCGGCAACAAAAUGGCGGCUUCAAUUCCCUCUUGAACCAACGCCUUGGCCUACGAUCGGCUUGCGCAGGAUCUCUAUCAAUUCCUUUGGAGUCGGCGGUACAAACGGCCAUGUUGUUCUCGAUGAUGCUUUUCACUAUCUCCAGGACCGAGGGUUGACCGCGACUCAUUAUACACGACCCUUGCCUCCGACCAACGCAGAUCUCGAUCUCGUAAACGGCGAUAGAUUCAACAUCACCAAUGGACAUGUGAAUGGUCUCACCAACAACCAUCCCAACAGUGCUGGAGAUAGCAAUGCCCUUGCCGGAGACUGGAGGGCUUUCGAUCCAAUCGAGUGUCCACCAAAGCUCGUUCCCUUUUCUGCUUUCGAUGAAGAAGGCUGCAGUCGCGCAGCAAAAACACAUGCAGAAUUCCUCCAUGCCAGGCCCGAAUCGAUAUCCGACUCCGAAAGUUUGACCUAUCUGAACGAUCUUGCCCAUACAAUGAGUCGGCGCUCGAAGCUGGCCUGGCGGAGUCACGUAUUAGCAAGGUCGCUGGUCGAGCUCGAGACACGUCUGGCUUCGCCCUUGCCCAAACCGCUGCGGGCUCGCACCACUGUCAACGUGGCCUUUGUGUUCACGGGUCAGGGAGCACAGUGGUAUGGCAUGGGACGUGAGCUACUCUGCUACCCGGUGUUCCGUGAGAGUCUGGCUGCGUGCAGAGUUUAUUUGCAGAUCGAAUGUGGCUGCCCCUGGGAUCUCCUCGACGAGCUCGCCAAAGACAAAGAACAUAGUCGUCUUGAUCAAGCAGCCUUGGCUCAGCCGGCGUGCACUGCCCUUCAAGUUGCGAUUGUGGAUUUGUUGCAAUCGUGGAAUAUCCAGCCCAGUCGUGUCGUGGGCCAUUCCUCCGGCGAGAUUGCUGCUGCUUACUGCGCUGGCCUUCUGACUCGCGAGUCGGCCUGGCGAGCGUCUUAUUUCCGUGGACUAGUCACCGGGAGGCAGACGACCGAGACCAAAGGCGCUAUGCUUGCUGUCGGGUUGGGUCAAGAAGCGCUCGCCCCUUAUCUUGACCGAAUUCAUGCCCAACUCUCUGGGGAAUUAGUUGUGGCAUGUCUCAACAGUCCUCGCAGCAGCACCGUCUCGGGUGAUGUGCAUAAAGUCGAAGCUCUGCAACAAGUCUUGGAGGCUGAAGGGCUCUUCGCGAGGAAGCUCAAGGUCCCAAAUGCCUAUCACUCUGCGCAUAUGCAGGAAUUCGCAGACGAAUACGUCCGUCUGGUGGGUACGCUCCACGCGCCGAGCGAGCCACCUCAGUCACCUGUGGUCAUGAUCUCGAGCGUCACGGGGGAAGCAGUCGAAGGCCGUUGUCUCUCCAUCGACUAUUGGGCCAAGAAUCUCCUAAAUCCAGUGCGUUUCUCCGAUGCCCUGGCAGGCCUUUGCUUUAGCCGCACAACCCAAACACAGGCCACCCUCCGUGCAGAUGCUGCUGGAGCCAACGUCUUUGCGGAUGUUUUGAUUGAGCUUGGCCCUCAUGGAGCAUUGCAAGGCGCCAUAAGAGAUGUGCUCGCAGCUCAUGCCGAGGGCGUUGCGGUAGCAUUCCUCCCGGCACUGAAACGCAAUGCCCCUGGGGCAGACGUAUUCCUGAACGCCAUAGGCUACCUUCAUGCCCGCGGGUAUCCGAUCAACGUUGAUGACGUGAAUAACAGCGCUGAUACGACUGGUGGAAGAGGGUCUCGCCCAUUGCGUAUACUUCCUGAACUUCCUGGAUACCAGUUCAACCAUUCCAACAAGUUUUGGUAUGAGAGUCGCUUAAGCCGGAACUAUCGCCUCCGCAAAGAGAUCAGACAUGACCUGUUCGGUGCUCCAGUACCCGACUGGGACGCGAUGGCUCCUCGAUUCCGCAACUUUCUGAGAAUCUCUGAGCAGCCAUGGCUACGAGAUCACAUCGUUACUGAUAACAUCAUCUUGCCUGGCGUAGGCUACGUGAUUGCGGUAAUCGAAGCAGCCAGACAGCUGGCUGAUCCAAAUGUACAAUUGAGCGGCUUCCGGCUUCGAGAUGUCAACAUGAAACGUGCAUUGAUCGUGCCCGACACGAAAGAAGGGGUCGAAGUAAUGUUGAAUUUCAAGCCAGUUGAUGAGUCCAGUGUCGGCACUUCGGCUUAUUGGCGUCGGUUUCAAGUAGUGUCCUAUAACCCAACCGCGAACGACUGGAUCGAACACUGCACUGGAUACGUUGGCGUGGAUCAUGAGACAUCUGCCCCCAAUCCGGUCGACCAGGGACGAGAAGCCCGACACGACGCAGAACGCUGGCACGCCGCUUUCACUGCUGCAGAAGAGCAGUGUCAAUCUCCCUGGGACUUUUCCAAGGCCUAUGAGCGAUUGGCAAGAAUCGGGCUGAACUUUGGACCGCUGUUCCAGAACUGCUCGGCUGUCCGGGGUACCUUUGACCAUGGUGGCCAGACUAUGGGCACAGUCACCGUCCCCGACGUUGCAAGUGUUAUGCCCAAGGGUAUCGUAUCUCCGCACUUGAUGCAUCCAGCUUGCAUGGACAGCUUGAUGCACUUUGCGCUGGCCGCGAUCAUGGACGCCACAGGAAAGAGCAACCUCGAAGUGGCCAUGGUGCCGCGGUUCAUCAAGGACAUUUGGAUUUCUGCGGCAAUGAACCCUGAGCCUGGUCAUGUCUAUCGUGCUCACAGCCAGACGCGCAAGAUUGCGUUUGAGAAGUUCUCGACAGAUGUUGUCGUCUGGGAUGGACCCACUCAAGAACCCCGUAUCUCCUGGAGUGGAAUUGAAGCAAGCCCCCUGGAUUCCGCCGCACAGAGCUCGCUCGGCGCAGAAAAGAUGUGUCACGAGAUUGAAUGGAUUCCUCACGUGGAUAUGUAUCUCGAAGGAGGCGACGUCGCUUCGUUCGCUGAGAUGCCCAAGCCUGAUUUGGACUCAGAGCAAGCUGCGAUCGAGAUCGAUUCUCGUAUGCAGCUGGCCUCGGUGCUUCUUGUCCUGGACGCACUGGAGGAACUAGAUGGCAAGGUGCCGGCCGCUGCUCAAGGUCAUCUCUAUCGGUAUUUCGAGUGGAUGAAGCACGUCGAGAGUGAUCUCCAGCUCGGCAAGGUGAUCGGUAUCCAAGCCUCUGAGGUUGAGCGACUCAAACAUGACCACGCUGCAAAGGUGGAGCUAUACAAACAGGUUGCUUCGGACACUGCGUUCGGUGAGUUGGCAGUACGAAUGGGCGGCAACAUCGUGCCCGUCUUAAGAGGUGAGACAGACCCGCUGCAGCUCAUGUUCGCUGAGGAUGCCAUACUCGAUCGAGUCUACAGACGAACUGCGACCUUGAACGACCUGCCAGCGCAACAGAAGGCCUAUUUGAACGUAUUAGCCAAGAAUAAGGCCAAUUUACGCGUGCUCGAGGUGGGUGCCGGCACUGGCUCGUCCACUGCGCAAGUACUUGAUGCCCUUGCUCCCAUCGCAGAUGAUGGGGUGUCCAUUGCUAGUAGCGUGUCACAUUACAUGUACACUGAUAUUUCGGCCGCCUUUUUCGAACAAGCAAGGCAGAAAUUCCAGCCAUACACGAACAUCAUGGAGUAUCGAGUUCUGGACGCAGAACAAGACAUCGCCAAGCAGGAGAGCUUCGAAGUCAGGAGCUAUGAUUUGAUUGUAGCUCAGAAUGUCAUCCAUACCACCACCGACCUCACCAAAACACUGAGUAAUCUUCGCCAGUUGCUGAAGCCCGGAGGCCGCCUGCUUCUACAAGAAGGUAUAAGGCAGGAUUACUACUGGUCCGGGCUAUCAUUUGGCCAGCUGUCAGGGUGGUGGAGUGGCACCGAAUCCAUGCGUCAAUGGAUGCCAUGGGUCUCAUCCAAGCAGUGGAAUGAAGUCCUCGAGGCUGCUGGUUUUACAGGAGCGCGCUUCGAACUUCCCGAUAGCCACAAUGAACAGCUCCAUAGCCAGAGUCUUUUCGUGGCCCAGAACGCUUCUGUAGACGCCAACGAGCCCGGUCCCAUGUGGAAGAACGUUGUGCUCGUCACACUCCCUAGCUUCGAGCGAAGCAACACUCAAAGCUUGUUGCAAGACAUCAAAGACAAGUUGAACGAGAAUCUCCGGUUCCAGAACAUCAGGAUCGUAUCCCUGCUAGAAUUGGAAGGGAUCGAGUAUAGCCAAAGUCUCUGCAUUGUUCUAGCAGAACUCGAACGUCCUGUGAUUGCAGAUCUGUCCCAGGCCGAGUACGAGGGUGUCCGCAAAAUGCUGAUCGAGACUAAAAGCAUCUUGUGGGUAACUGGAGAUGAGCUUUUCUGCCCCCAGUACGGAGCCAUAACCGGCCUGAUGCGUACAAACAGAUGGGAACGUGACUUGGACGAUUCCAACCUGGUCACACUGAAAAUCUCUGAGCCUCGACCUGAAAAUACCUCGCUGAGUGCGUCGAUUCGAAGGCUGUGUGAGGCGCAGUUCUCGCUCACUCUCCCAGUUGAGAACAUGAAUGGCGAGUUCAUGCUUCAAGAUGGCCGGAUCUGGACGAGUCGGCUCCGCGAGGCCAUUCGUGCAGAUGAAUACUUGCAAACAGCUCUAUACCGCUCAGAAGCAGUCCCAACGCUGGCCAGGGAUGCUGGCAGGCCCAUCAAGCUCACGACAACUGUUCCAGGCCUGCUAGAAAAACUUGAGUGGGUGACCGACGAGACGUACAAUGAGCCACUCUCCGAUACAGAAGUAGAAAUCGAGAUACGAGCUGUUGGCCUCAACUUUCGCGAUCUCAUGAUUGCCAUGGGGGAGCAUACGGCGUACUCGAUGGGCAGUGAAGCAGCUGGCAUCAUCUCUCGCGUGGGCUCCAAAGUAGUCGACUUCGCUCCUGGCGACAGGGUUGUCUACAUCUGUGGCCUAGACCAUGUCGGGUGCAUGCACACCUAUGGUCGUUUGGAUCAAUCGACAGUCGCCAAGGUCCCCGAUGGGCUCAGUUUGGAGAUGGCUGCCGGCUUGCCUGUUGUCUAUGCGACAGUCAUUUACAGCCUACGGGAGACGGCUCGGUUGAUGCCCGACGAAACCAUUCUUAUCCAUGCUGCUGCCGGUGGGGUGGGCCAGGCUGCGAUUCGUUACGCUCAACAUAUUGGCGCCGAGGUGUAUGUAACCGUAUCGACUACGUUGAAGCGAGACUUGAUAAUUAGGGAGUUCGGGAUUCCAGACGAUCACAUCUUUUCAAGCCGCGACCUCACAUUCGUCCCGGGCGUGUUGCGUAUGACAAAAGGCAGAGGUGUUGACGUAGUCUUGAAUUCGCUCUCUGGUGAGGCGCUGCGCCGCUCAUGGGAUCUGGUGGCACCCUUCGGUCGUUUCAUUGAGAUUGGGAAGAAAGACGCCAUGAUGAAUGGCAAAGUGGAUCUUCGGCCCUACUUGCGCAACGUGACCAUGGCGAGCGUCGACCUCGUUUCUAUGAUGAAGAACAAACCGUUUCUCAUCAAGAUGCUGACAGAGGAAACGAUGCGGCUGUGGAAAGAGGGUGUGGCACUGCCUGCAUCACCAACUACGAUAAUGCCCAUGUCGCAGGUGGUGGAUGCACUUCGCAUUCUCCAGGCCGGCACGGGAAUGGGCAAGAUUGUUCUGGUGCCUCGGGAGGAUGACGUUCUGCCACUCCUUCCACCGUCACCGGCGCCGCUUGGCUUUUGUCGAGAUGCAUCCUACGUGCUCAGUGGUGGCCUUGGAGGUAUUGGACGGAGCGUUGCUGCAUGGAUGGCUUUGCGAGGCGCUCGAAAUUUGAUCUUCCUGUCCAGCAGCGGCCGCAUCACUCCAGCCGUCACAACGAUGCGCGAGACUCUCGAAGCAGACGGAUGUCGUGUGCAUAUCUUCACAUGCGAUGUCAGCGACAAGGAACAGCUACGUCUCGUUCUCGAACAAUGCAAGACCCUCCCACCUAUAAGAGGAGUCGUCCAAGCAGCAAUGAAGCUAAAGGACAUCAUGCUCGAGAACAUGUCGCACGAGGAAUUCCAGCUGGCUAUCAGACCCAAGAUUCAAGGUUCGUGGAACCUACACGAACUUCUGCCCCAGGAUCUGGAGCAUUUCAUCAUGCUGUCUUCAGCCACGGGCGUCCUCGGCAACCGGGCUCAGGCCAACUACGCCGCAGGAAACACCUUCCAGGACGCGCUGGCGUACUUCCGUCGGCAGCAAGGUCUAGCGGCCACGACGAUCGACGUUGGCGCAGUGCUAGACGUCGGAUACGUGGCCGAUCACGCGGACCGCCUCGCCAUGACAAAAUACCUAGGCAGUAUGAUGAAAGUGCUGCGCGAAGAAGAGUUGCUUACGCUUAUCGAGUACGGCAUGAACGCUGCUCUGCAGUCGCCUGCACAGCUUGUUACGGGCUUGACUCCGUUAGACAAGCAUCGUGCUCGAGGCGUGCCGAUGCUCAGUUACAUGAACUUCCCUCUCUUCACGCAGCUGCGGCGGCUCAAUACGCAGCAAGACGGCGCAGGGACGACCGGGGGUGAUGGACCUGACGUUGAAGCGCGGCUUCGAGCAGCUCGGACUCUGGAUGAGGCGGCUCAGAUUGUGACGGAAUCGGUCAUUGAUAAGUUGUCUUCCUUGCUCUCAAUUGCGGUCGAGGAUGUGGAUCCGGCGCGGACCAUCAGUGCCAAUGGCGUUGACUCGCUUGUUGCGCUAGAACUGAGGACGUUCAUGGCGAGAAAGGUCAAGGCGGAUGUGCCUGUGUUGGAAAUCAUGGGCUCGUUGAGUCUUGCUCAGCUGUGUAGGAAGGUGGCAUCGACGAGCAAAGCGGUCGAGUUGCUAAUAGCAGGAGGCAACUAA